AUGGUUACUCUAACAAGAGCUGAAAAGUUACGAAAGGAGGAAAAUGCAAAGUCUUACAAACCUUUGAUCGAUGAUCUAACAGAAUGUUCCGAAUCGGAUUUCAUUGAAAAAUUGAAGAACAUCAAAGAAUGGGACCGUUCAAGAGACGACUUGUACGUCUGGAUUCCGGUAUUGAAUAGAAUUGAUGAAAUAUUGACGAAAAUAGUAGAAAAUUAUAAUUAUACUUCCACAGAUUGGAAGAAGCUCCCUUGCAAAUUGGAAUUGAUGUCUAAAAAGGAUGAAAAUGAUGUAUGGGAAUACUUGUCAUUUUCGAUUCGGUUACUCAAUAAUACUAUGAAUCGCUCCAUUUACAACUCUUUGGAUGUCAUGAACUCAUUAUUAAAUUGUCCUAACUUUAAGAUCAAACUAGGUGCAGCAAGAAUCCUUGCCACAAUUGGUGAAAGAAAUGUCGUGUCCCGUAAUGGCUAUGAUUCUAAAGGAAUUAUGAGUAGCGAUGAGAUGAAAGAGAAAAGUUUGGAACUUGCACUAUGUUUGCCAUCUUCAACAACCGAUGACAACAUGGAACAUUUUUCCUUAGUCGACCUCUACUUUGAUAAAAAGCUGUAUCCUUCUAAGUUGGGACGCAUUGAAUACAAGUACUUCACAAAAGACUCAAAACGUAAUAAAGAUAAUUCCAAGCCUCCAUCCAAAAACCUUCAAGUAAAUGCAAACAAAAUGCGUACAUUUAUCCUGAGCAAGGAUGAUUUAACGUCAUUAACCCUUCAACAAAUAUUUGAUAAGGGGAUGCAAGAGCUACCUAGGGAGGAAUGGUUCAAAUUUUCUCUGCGCGCAACAGUUGCAAAAGCUUUCAGCGACAACUCCUUUGAGAAUAUUCAGUUGAGAAAUCAUAUUAUUCAAACCAAGUUCAACGCAAUAGCUAUUAUAAAUGUCACUUUCUACCCUGCUCAGGUUAGUUCUAAAUUCUUUGAAGUUGAUCCAUAUGCAUUUAAUAGUCUCUCGGAGUUUUUGUCAUUGUCAGAGACCAAAGUUCCAAGAGAUUUACGGAUGGAUGCUCUCUUUGCACUAGAGUGCAUAUCUUUAAAGCAUAUUUGGUGUUCGGAUAUCGUUAGGAAUUUAGGAGGAAAUAUGUCUCAUGGUUUACUAUUUCAAAUUCUAAAGUACAUCUCUAAGAUCAUCAGAGAAAAUAAUACCGAAGAGGUUGAUGAAGAAUACAACGUGAGAUUUUUUUACCUAAUCUCAAAUUUGGCCGAUGUUAGAGUUCUCCAAGAAUCUUUACUCAAUGCCGGACUUAUUUCAUCAAUCCUCGAUAUAAUUUCAAUCAAGACAAACGGUUUCAAACGCACCAAAACAUCUGCUACUCAUUUAUUAGACGCUUUAAUGAGUAAUGAAUGCGUUGAUGACUUCAUCAAUAACAAUGGACUUAAUAUUUUAAUAGAGUCUUUAACGGAGGAGGUGACUUUUGCGUUAGAACAUCCGGAAUAUGGAGCUCCUCCAAAAUAUUCAGUGACACAUUACUCCAUUUCUUUCAGACAGAUAUCUUUCAUCAGAAGUUUACUAAAGCUAGUACUAAAGCUGUUAUCAUGCGAUUCCGGUAACCGGACAAGGAACUUAAUAGACUCUCCAAUUCUUGGAGCAUUGAAUAAUAUAUUGAAGAAUAAGUCUGUUUUCGGCUAUACGCUUUUAUCCCAUGUGUUGGAUAUUAUACAGACCGUCAUCAAUAUUGAACCUACUAUUUAUCAAGUUUUGAUAGAAUGUGACACUAUUCCAUUCAUAAUUGAGAAUUUUGAACAAUUUGUUUGUCCUUCAACAGAACUUCUAAAGAUACUACCCGAGGUUAUAUCAGCCUUAUGUCUUCAUACCGAUGGGUUAAAGCAAGUCAAAGAGAAACAUUUGAUAAAUUAUAUUUUCCAGAUCUCGACUGACGUGGAUUUUUCGAAAGUUAUGUGCGCUGAUGAUGAAGUAAUUGAUCUUGGUUCAUCGUUAGAUGAAUUAUCGAGACAUUAUCCUGAUCUCAAAGAAGAUAUUGUUGACCAAUUUGUAGAACUAGUGCAUAAACUACCUGAGAUACUCGAUUUUGAUCACCCUCAUUUAUACAAAUCUCAAAACGGACAAAAUAACUUUUAUCUCUCACCUGACGAAGAGGUUGUGGAGAAUGAAGAAGGUGCUGACGAGAUAGCAGCAUGGGAAGUACAAAAAUACUCCGUUAUACUCGAUACUUUCUCCGGUAUGUUUUUUGGAAUGAUGGAAAAUGUAUCCUGGGUCCCACUUCUCUCCAAAAAAAUUGACGCUGCCAGUCUAUUAGCGGUUUUGGUACCAAAGAAACCAACAUAUGACUACAUUGAUUCCCAAUGCUUUUUGAAUUUCACUGACGCUUUAAAAACUUUCGAUGAUGAGGAUAGUAAAUAUGCUUUACCCACAUUAUUGGAUCUUUUGAAAUCAACUUUAGAAGAUUUAUCUGACUUCAUUAAUUACGAUCAGAAUAAAUCUUUCGUUCUAACAAUGGACUCGGAUACUGUAGAACAAACUCUAAAACAAGUCAACGUUCUACAAGUGAUUUUAUCUACCAUAACUUCCGUUUACAUUGAUUUAUUUUCACUUUUCCCGGAAAGGGUUAUCCAAAUCAUUGAGUAUUUUGAGCAACAUGGAUUUUCUUUAGUGCAUCUUUUGAGAUCAACAUUCGAAAGAUGUGCUCUAGAAGAAUACUAUAUCCGGGAAUCUCUACCUGUAGAUGUAUCAGACAAGACAAGACCAGCGACUUCACCUGGUACUCCGUCGUUGCUCCUCUAUAAGGUCAAAGGCGAAAAGGAGGUUAAGACAAAUUUCACUUCAACCAAAUUCAAAAAUACUCUACAAUGCAGGUUUUUGUUCCAUACUACGCAAUCUUGCAUAUCGAUAAUAUUUAGGGCACUACUAAGAUUAUCUCACGCAAGGAAAAUGUCUCUAACCUCUACUGAUCUUGCAACUGAACUUAGAAUAUUUAAUGAAGUGACCCAAUCUUUCGUUAACAUGCUCAGCAACAAAUCCUUGGAAAAGAAACUAGGAUAUUUGGUUGUACUUCUAAACUUGACAAGUUUUUCUUUCACAUAUGUGGUGGCGAAUAAUAGAAGUUUGGAUACUUUCAAUACAAUACCAAUUCUCAUGUUUUAUCAACUAGGAGGAUUCCAAGCAUACAAGCAUUGGUGUAUGGUAUUGACCAAAAAAUGCUUAGAGAUCCCAGAUGUUACUGCGGUCGAAAAAAUAAACUAUCUCAAAGACGAACAAGAUGUGAUUGCAUCCCAUGGACUAGUAGCGACGCUCUCUUUUAUGAAUAAAGCUAUUCAACUACAAACUAUGGAAAUGAUUCGUUCAACAAAGGACUACUAUCCUCAUGACGAUAUCACUUACAAUAUAACGUCUGGUGUCAUUGUUACCAUCAAAAUUCUUGCCCUCGGUUUAGUAAAAGAAAUUUUUGAUCUCGAUGAAAUGUUUUCCAGUGAUAGAAGAAGAUUCCCCUACCCUGUUUUCAAACAACUAUUAACCAUGAUCAAGAAUAUAUACGCUUCAAGUGAUGAGGUUGAAGACCCAGAGUUUUCAUUAUACGAACUAAGAUGGGAUUUAAUACCACCUUCAUAUUGCAAAAUCGAGAUGUUAAAAUCAUGUGGCAUUUCUGAAGAUGUUGCUAGAGGUUAUUUGGAAGAACAAAAUGAUGAUUUACCUGUCCACGUGAAACCAGAUGUUUUCAGCAAUGCUGAAUGGGAGAAUUAUAAGAAGCUCAAGGCCAGUGGCGAAUGGAAAACUGAUCUUCAGCUAUUGCCACCUCAAUACGACAAUCUCACUACAAAAGCUGAUCUCACAGAUUUCAGGGCCAACUUCUAUCGUAAUGGGUUUGAGCAGAAGAUACUUUGUAUCGUGCAAAACUAUCCAAAACUCAUAAAUGCUGUUUCAAAGAUGUUCUUAGAGAUAUACGAUGAGCUACAAUUCCCUCACAUAAGCAUGUUGGAAGACUUACUCUCCAUUAUGAAUUCAAGCAAAUUAGAAAAUGCUGACCAACUUGCCCCAAUUGUUCAUCUAUUUGGUAUUUUUUUGAAUGAGGAAAAGAUCUACAACCAGUCUAAGACAGUGAUUCAUAAAUUCAUCACAUUCUUACUGGAGAAUUUAUCUCCACAAUAUGUGAACCAUCCAUGGUUCUUCAAGGCACUAUAUGUUUACGAAAUCAUUCUUGCAAGAUCUAUGUUUCCAGAUAGCACAGAAUUACCAGACGACUUCAAAAUACCUGAAAUAAUUACUGUUGAUGUUAAACAUUUAUUCUCAGUUGAUAAGGAUCUGAUUUUCAACGUGUUAAUUAGAGUUCCUGAAAUAACAGACUUUUACUCGUCAUUGGCAAUCUCUCGUAUUCUAAUUUUAUAUGCUGCUGAAGAGAAGUAUUCAAAUGAAAUCGUGCAAUCUGGAAUAAUUCCAAAGUUACUAAAAGUUAUCGGAACUCAUCAAAAGUCUGAAAAGAUCAACUACUUAGAAUCUUCACUUUUGUUGCUUUGUAGAAGGUGUUUUGAAACAAAGAAUGUGGUAUCAUCUUUAAUCAAGUAUGAAUUGAACCGUGCUUUUACUACCAGAGCAAUUGGCGACACUAAAGAAAAAUCCAGAGAUCUCACUUUGUUAAUAGGCGAAAAAGCCAACGUUAUCAUGCGUGAUCCAGAGAUUUUUGUUACAGAGCUAUGCAAAAAUGGUAGGUUUGUUGACUUCUCUUCCAAAAAUGUAUUAGAGUCAUUCGUUAUGAAAAGGUUCGUUGAUGAAGAGCCCAAAAAUCUAGAAGCUGAUGAGGGAGGAAAAGAAGCUGCAUUCACCAAAAGAACUGGAAUUGUUGACUUAUUGCUUUCACAACUUAUGGCUGCUUACAAAAUGGAUUGGUUAAGUGAACCACCCAAUCCAGCGGAGCAGGAGGAGAAAAAGGUAAAAAAGAAACCAAGAAACCAAGUGAAAGCCUCCAGGAAUCCAAUUUGUGCGUAUAUGAUUUUCUUAUUGAAAACGUUGACGGAACUUCUAUCUAGUUACAAUCAUUCCAAAUAUGAGUUUAUGACUUUCAACAAACGAGGAGCUUAUAGUGAGUCUCCAGCACCCCGUACGACAGCCCUAAACUUUUUUAUUCACCAGCUUUUGGACUACAAAACUCAAGAUGUGGACAUUUAUGUUACAAAACGUCGCGAAACAAUAGGUAAAUUAGCUACUUGUGCACUAAUUGGCUUUGUUAGUUCUGUUCAGGAUGAUAAACUGGUAAAAUCUGAUCCAAAAUCACUUGACCCCAAUAUGACUUUCAUAAGAAAGUUCACGUUAGAAUCGUUGUCAAAAGCAAUGAAGGAUCUAAAAGGAACAAGAUCUUUAGAAAAUAACCUUGGAAAAUACCAUGGCUGGUUUAAUUUGGUGCAUAGACUCUUAAUUACAGAUCCUUUAAUGAACAACUUAUUGGACAAAAUGAAAAUUGAAACUGACAAAUACGAAAUUUGUAAGUUGAUGCUUGAAAUCAAAAUUCCCGAAACCAUUACGGAAUGCCUUUCAACACUAGAUUUGAACGUACCAUUUUCUAAAAAGAUAUACAAUGCGGCUAUCGAUCCUUUAAACUCAAUCACGGAAACAAGGAAUAUAUUCUCAGAAUACUUCAAAAGUGAGAAUAAUGAAGACGAUGAAGAUGUCGACGAAGAUUCAGAUAAAGAAGAAGUUCCUGAUAUGUUCAAAAACUCAGCCCUUGGUAUGUAUGAUAUUGAAGAUAUCGAAGAUGAUGACGAUGAUGAUUCUUUGAUGGGCGAUGAAGACGUUGCAUUUGUCAACGAUGAUGAAGACAUUGAAAUUGUGUUUAGUGAUGAAGAUGGCGCUGAAGAAUCUGUAUCCGAAUCUGAUAGCGACUCGGAUGAGAGUUCUGCUACAAGCGAUAGUGUAGAGAGCAGCGAAGAUGAGGAGAUGGAGGUUGAAAUCAACGAGCAAUCUAGUGAUGAGGAUAUGUCAGGAGAUGACGAAGAGGAUAUUUCUGCUGACGAAAGCUAUUACUCGGGAAGCCCUCCAUUAGUUGUCGAAGUAAGCGAAGAAGGGUUUGGGUCUGACCUGGAGAUAGAUUUAGAUGACAGUGAGUUGUCAUCUGACUGGGAAUCAGGACUUUCUGAACUUGAUGAUACCGAUUAUGAGAGCGAUGAUUCACAAAGAGAAGAAGCAAACUACAACUCCUCCAACUUAAGAAACGGAGCAAAUAAUAGAUGGUAUACAUCAGACGGCGUUGAAAUUUACGAUGAUUCGGAUGGCGAAGGAAGAGGUAUUUACAGAGGUGUACAACAUGUUCCAAAUGAGGAAUUAAUAUUCAGAAUAGAAAACAGCUCUCUAAGUAACAACAGACGUGGAAGACAUCAUCACAACAGAAUGGCAAUUGCUCCAUCAAUAAUAUCUAUUGAUAGCGAUAGUCAUAGAUCAAGGAACAUGCUGAUGAACCCAUUGGGGCCACAUGGAAUGGAAGAGGUUGAAGACAUCAUUUCAAAUGAGGAUAAUCCGGCUCGGAGAUUUGGACCAGGCAUUACAGGGUUUUGGCUAGCUGACUCACUCUUAGAUAAUAAAUCUAUCGAUGGUAUUAUAGUCAAGAACACUACUGAAAGAUGGGGCGAUAUAUUUGAGAUGUUUUAUGAAAACAAAGGGUUUUUAAUAAAUAUAUUACCAGAGAUUGUUUGCAAAGUAAUUGAAAGAAGUGCAGAGUUAUGGUAUAAGCAGAUAGCUGAACACAAGGCAAAGGAGCUGCAGGAGAAGACUGGUACAGAACGUCCAAAGAAGAGAAGCUUGGAUGAAAUGACUAUGGAUGAUAGCGAUACUGAGAAUCUCUCUAGUAGAGAGGGCUCUGAAGCUGUGGCUGAAGUAGAGGAGGAACAUCCAACUAAUACCGCCUCCCAUGAACCGGUUUAUGUGAUAAUUGACGGUAAUGAGGUUGAUAUCGGAGGGACAGAUAUAGAUCCAGAAUUCAUAAAUGCCUUACCAGAGGAUAUGAGAGCUGAAGUAUUAGCACAACAUAUCAGUGAAAGAAGAGCUGAGGCUCGACAACAUGAAAUUGACAGCAGAGAAAUAAAUGAUGAAUUUUUGGAGUCAGUACCUGCUACUAUUCGCGAAGAAAUAAUUGCUGGUGAAAAUGUCUCAAGGCGUUUCUCUAAUCUGUUAUCUAAUAGACGGGUUGGUGAAUUUGAUGGAGAGUCUGUUAGUGGCAGUGAUUAUGAUGGUAACUCCGAUAAUGAGAAUACAACUUCUCAGAGCAAUCAAAAUAAAUCUAAACGUGUUCACUUUGAUCCAUUAGUCGACCGUUCCGGUAUAGCAGCAAUCGUCAAGAGUUUAUUUAUUCCUCAGCCAUACUUUUCUCGUGAGUCAUACCACGAACUUUUCUUCAAACUAUGUUCCAGCAAGCAAAAUCGCAGUGAUAUCAUGAACUUUUUGUUAUUGAUCCUAACGGAAGGUAUCUCAGAUCAACAUUCGUUGGAAAAGAUAUUUAACUUAAUAUCAAACAAGGCAAACUCUUCAAAUGACUCGAAAACAAUGUCAUACCAAUUACCUCCAGAUUGCACUCCCCUCAUUGUUGCCAAUCAGUGUAUUGAAGUUUUGCAGUCUAUGAUUGAAUCCGAUGCCAGAUUAAGAUAUUUCUUCGUUACAGAACAUGAUAAUUUGAUUAUCAACAAAUCUUAUGUGAAAACGAAAAAGGAUAUAUUUUCAAAGAACAUGAAAUGGCCUAUCAAUGCGUUGUUUGCUUUACUUAACCAAAAAUUGGUAACCGAUGAAACUGUCCUAAUGGAUUUGCUAACAAAUAUCUUAAAGCAAUGUACGAAACCAAUCCUGUCAUUGGUAAAGAAGAAGAAUGAGAACACCUUCAAAAGAAAUUUCGAAAUACCUGUUAUUGAAAAGAAGCACUUAGAGCUAAUUGUUUCUGUGAUUAAACUAGACUCCUGUAAUACCAAGAUAUUCCAACAAACGUUGAAUAUAAUGACGAAUCUCUUCUCUAUCAAAGAUGCUCAAGAAAUAUUUACAUCUGAAUUAAGAAAUUUGGCUGUUUCGACAAUAUCUCAACUAAUCAAAGAUCUUAAUGAACUGUGUGUUCAAUUACCUUCUGUCAAGAGUGGCACUGAAAUCAAUUCAGAAAUAAUUCAAAAAUUCACUUCACCUAGUUCGGAGCAAUCUAAAUUGUUAAAGGUUGUUACUGCUGUAGACUAUAUUUAUUCACAUCAGAAACAAGGGGAUACAGAAAGUGCACGCAAACUAGUGGCUCUAUUUAAUGAGAUGAAAUUAGGUCCGGUAUGGGUUGCACUAAGCAAAUGCUUAACUGCUUUUGAAGAAAAUAGUGCAGUAUCUACGUCUGCCACUAUUCUUCUUCCUACUAUCGAGUCAUUGAUGGUGGUAUGCAAAAACAGUAAGGUUCGCGAGGUAUCUGGCGGACAAUUGAAAUACACCGAAAAGUCUUAUGAUUUUGAGACAAUUUCAGUGGAAGAUUUAUUCUUUGAGUUCACAGAUUUGCAUAAAAAGUUGUUGAAUGAAAUGAUUAGAGCCAAUCCUCAAUUAAUGAGCGGUCCCUUCCAACUUCUUGUGAAGAAUCCUAAAAUCCUAGACUUUGACAACAAAAGACACUUCUUCAUGGCAAAGAUAAGACAUAAUCCUGCUCAAAGGCAAAAAUUAUCGAUUACUGUUCGCCGUGAUCAAGUUUUCCUUGAUUCCUACCGCGCAUUAUUCUUUAAAUCAAAUGAAGAGAUCAAAAACUGUAAGUUGGAUAUUACCUUUAAGGGAGAGGCAGGUGUCGAUGAAGGUGGUGUUACCAGAGAAUGGUACCAGGUGCUUUCGAGACAAAUGUUUAAUCCUGAUUAUGCUUUGUUUAUUCCAGUCGGUUCUGACAACACAAAGUUCCGUCCUAAUCGUACUUCGGGCAUCAAUCCCGAGCAUUUGUCUUUCUUCAAGUUUGUUGGUAUGAUCAUCGGUAAAGCUAUUAGUGACAACUGUUUCUUGGACUGCCAUUUCAGUAGAGAAGUGUACAAGAAUAUUUUGGGGAAACCAGUAUCCUUAAAGGAUAUGGAGUCGUUAGAUUUAGAGUAUUACAAAUCGUUGAAUUGGAUGCUUGAAAAUGACAUUACGUAUGUUAUCGAGGAGACCUUUUCUAUUGACACCGACGAUUACGGUGAGCACAAGACUAUCGACUUGAUUCCAAAUGGCCGCAAUAUCGCUGUCACCGAAGAAAACAAGAAGGAGUAUGUGCAGAAAGUGGUCGAAUACAAGUUACAAGAAUCUGUAAAGGAACACAUGGCAAACCUUCUACAAGGGUUCUACACAAUUAUCGAUAAAGAUUUGAUUUCUAUCUUUGACGAACAAGAAUUGGAGCUAUUGAUCAGCGGUCUACCAGAUAUCGAUGUUGAUGACUGGAAGAACAACACUACCUACGUCAACUACACGCCAACAUGCAAACAGAUAAAUUACUUCUGGAGAGCUGUCAGAUCAUUUGAUAAAGAAGAAAGAGCUAAACUUUUACAAUUUGUGACUGGUACAUCUAAGCUUCCAUUGAAUGGGUUUAAAGACUUGAGUGGAAUCAACGGUGACUCCAAGUUCUCUAUCCACAGGGACUACGGCUCCACCGAUAGAUUGCCAUCGUCGCACACAUGUUUCAACCAACUAGAUUUACCUGCAUAUGAUUCUUACGAACAAUUGCGGGGUUCAUUAUUGUUGGCUAUCAAUGAAGGCCACGAGGGUUUCGGCUUGGCAUAA